ACGAUCGUUCUGAACGGAACCUUUACCUCGAAGAUUGUUCUGGACAACAAAUACGUGGUAAGCAAUGCAGCAAAAUCUGAUGUUUAACGCAUCGCUUGUUGUGCUUGUAUUUAUUUUAUCUUUGCUACUCAACCGUCAACAGGUUUCGACACAAAUCUUCCACAGUCCGCUCGGCAAUCAACAGUUUAACCAUUAUCCGAUGAAGCUGCCAACGCACCAGUUGUGCGAUUUUGUCGAUAUGCUCCAUGAUGAAUACGGUGAAUAUCUGGUCAACAUCUACAACAUGCCGGAACGGGGCGUGUGUCCGAUAAAGCCACGGUCAGCUCACACCAUCGAUAAGGUGUUUCCGACCAAAGCCAUUCCUCCGUUUUUACCGUCAGGGCUGUGGAAAAUUUACAUCCAUACUACGCUGAAAGAGAAGGAGGUUUCAAAGUCGUCACCCCGUAGCAAGGACAGACUAUCCGGCUUUGUGGUACAGAAUAUGUCAGAAUAA